UACGUCAUCUGCCGGGUUCCGCUCCUUUUGUUGCCAUGUCAACGACUUUGUUUCUCUCCAUACGGAGGAAAAAAGUGCACGCUUAAGCGAAAAAAGUACAAGUUUAAGCUUUUAAGUUUGACCAAAAGUGUUGGAGUGUGGCGGCAGACGCCUGUCGUCCGCGCGGGGGAACAGGCGCGCGCCAAACGAGGAAAAACACUCCGUAGUUUCUUUUUGAUGCAGCUCCUUUGGUACCCACAGAAUGAACGACAUAACCGUCCUGGAGCGUUUGCAGACCUUGCAGAUCUACCGGCUGUUGCAGCAUGUUCGCAGCGGAAAUAAGGAUGAGAUUGAGAAGAUGCUAAAGCUCGGGGUUACAAACCUCAUCAACCUAAGAGACCCGCAAGGUGGCUUAGUGUCACUUCACCUGGCAACUUCAGCCAAUAAUCUGGACCUGGUCGACUUCCUCCUGUCUCGAGGAGCACAUCCGGACGUCCAGGAUAAGGGUGGCCAUACAUCUGUUAUGUUAGCAGCCAAGCUGGGAAGUGAUGACAUCGUCACUCGGCUGACCCAGAGCCAAGCUGACAUGAGGAUUGUGGAUUCUGCUGGCAAAGGAGUGCUGUUCUACUGCAUCUCCCCCAAAAAAUCCCACGCCCGGUGCCUGCGGGUGGCGCUGGAGAACCGGGCAGAUGUCAACAACAUCUCCUCAGAGGGAGUUCAUGUCUUCCAGCUCAUGUGUGAAAAGGCCCUCGUGUGCACCCCCUUGUGUCUUAUGAUGGUAGAUGGAGGUGCAGAUCCAAACGCCAAAAAUGAGAAAACUGGAGUCACAGCUCUAAUGGAGGCAGUUAAAGCUGGAUCCCUGCAGCUUGUGAGAGCCAUCCUCAAGAGAGGAGGGAACCCAGACGUCUUGGACAAAAGCCGCUGUACUGCCAUGCACUAUGCUGCCAUGGGGGGCUUUUUUGAGGUGAUUCGGGCACUGUCUGCAUACUCUGCACCCAUGAAUGUGAUUGAUCUGGACGCCUGCACACCACUGCACCAUGCUGCCGCCUCAGGCAAUGCUGACUGCUGCAGGUUCUUGGCACAGAGAGGUUGCAACCCAAAGCUGAAGAACCUGAAAGGUUUGACGCCCAGCCAGAUAGCCAAAGAGCGUGGUUACAAAGCUGCAGUGCAGGAGCUGAAAAAGGCAGAGAGACAACAGGGGAAUGACAAAGCAUCUAAAGGAGGGCGGGCCCCGUUUGAACUCUGGGCCCUGACCCUAUACGACUGGUCUCACGAGUACGAGGCGGAACUACGGCAAGCUUUUGGGGCCGAAACGGUAAACCUGCGCACCUUCAUUUCUGUGCUAACAACUCUAAAGGCUCCAGUUGGUCCCGACAACCUCCACACAGUCAUCUCGGCGCACGACAAAAAAAAAGAGGGGCUCAUCAACGUCGCGGACUUCCUCAAAGGCGUCAACUAUCUCAAAAAAGAGGCCCUCUUCCUAUCACCAAAAAAGGGCAAGGACGAGAAGGGAGGGAAGAAGAAGGGGAAGUUUAACCCCCCCUUCCCCAUCUGUGUCCUCCCACUGGAGAAGAUGCCCCGGCGACCCAACGGGGGCCCUCCCCUUUUCAUGAUCGAGAAAUACAAAAGCCGCUGGGACAUCUGUCGGUUUGACAGCAAACACCCACCAGAGCAUCCCAUCAUGAACGACUCGGAGUGGUACCUGGACAAACCCGACACAGAGUACGUCAACAUCAACUACUGCGUGGAAAGUGGCGAUCUGGAGUCUCUGGACCUCGCCUUCAGUAAGGGAGUACCUGUGGAUGUUCAGGAUACGUGUUACAAGACUCCCCUGAUAACGGCCUGCGACAGCGGCAGCUUGGAGAUGGUUCAGUAUCUCCUGAACCGGGGGGCUGACGUCAACAAAUGUGACCAGUUCUUCUGGACGCCCAUCCACCAUGCAGCUCAUGCGGGACACGUGGAGAUCGUUGAGCUGCUGGUAAAAGCUGGAGCCGACGUCGACGCCCAGUCCCUUAGCGGGGCCACGCCCCUCAUGAGGGCCAUCGAGACCGGCCAGUCCUCAUGUGUGCACUUCCUUGUCAAGGCAGGAGCCAACGUUUACUUGGAAAACAGGAAAGGUCAAAACUGUCUUCGUGUCGCUCAGGGUUUUGCAAACUCCACCAUCGUUGACAUAGUAAAAGCCGGGAUGAAAUCUCUGCCGAAGUCCAGUGACGGCAUGAAAGGCUCAGGGGUCAAAUCCCAAAAGCCUGUCAAAAAGAAGGCCGUCGCUCCAGAACACGCAGAGACAGUGACAACAAUGUCAGGGAGCAAAAUUCUGCAGAUGGAUUCAAAGAGCGUCGUUCUCCAGAACGCUCGGAUCAAGAGCAAGGAGGCAAACCCCGUGGACAUCACUUUUCAACCAAAUACAGUUUGGGGAGAGCCCCCCACCACCAGCCAGCUCCUGUCAAACAUCCAGAGAAGAAGGAAAUCUGUCACUGUUGACGUGGACUUGGAGGACAUUUUGAUGCCUUACGGUCAGAGCAUCCACAGGAAGAUUGUGGAGCUGUCAAAAAUGAAAGACCUUGUCGUCUUGCACUGACCUCAAAAACAGAUGCUGGACUUAAAAAGUUUUCAUAUAAUUUACUCUUCUUGCAAUCAUGUUUAGAUUUCAUCAUGUAGCAUACAAAAUUCCCCUUUUUGUCUACAGGUAAUCUCAAAAGCCAAUAAAAAAGUUGUACUUUUUA